AUGGCAUUUAAAAUUUUCACUUUUCUCUAAUAGUUUUUCUCUUUUUCUUCUUGUUGGUUGCCUAUAGAAUUUAUGUUCUGCUGAGCUGAAGAGAGUUACCAUAGAAGAGGUCUUUCUAAUAUUGCCAAAAGUGGAAUUUAUAGCUUGCAAAACGUAAGAUGCUGAUAAGUUUUUGAAUUUUUGUCCUUAUUGUUUCAAUAGAUUGUUAGGACUUUUUGGUCUUUCCCUUCUUUCAAGAGAAAGAAAUGGAGGCAGGCUUAGAAGUGAAGGGACUACUACGUUGGAAAGAGUUGAACAAGUUUUGGUUUACCACAAACAAAGCAAACGAGUUAUACUUUGUUCUGUUAUGAAUGAAGCAGUUUAAGUGCGAGUGAUAGGCUUAAGUGGGGGAAUAAAGAGACGAGAAGGGUGGAGUAAUAAUGGUUGAAAUGUAACAGACUUUACUGAUCCUAUUCUUUGGAAAAUGUACACUCAUAUGCUGAUGGGCAUUUCAAUGUUAGCAACAUCCAUAUAUAUGCAUUGAAACUAUGUCAAAUAGUCAAGGAAGAAACAUCAUUUAUUUAAGAUGUUGAGUGUUUUAAGAAGAACUCCCUUUGCUCCAGUGAUUACCUCAUUCCAUGCAAUCUAUCUCAUCUCAUUAUAGAUUGUGCUAGGCUAGUUGAAAUAGCUAACAGCUCUUCAGAUUGUAUCACAACCAUCUAAAUAAAAUUUUGUUGUGCUGUGCAGCACUUAUAAUCACUAAAGGAAAAUUCUUUUCAUUUUGUUUAUUGUUUCUUGCAUCUAUGUUGUGUAAGUCAUGUGUGUGGAAUGGUUGAAGUUUAAGAGAUAUUUUGUUAGAAACAUUUAUUAUAAGAGUUAUUGAUGAUUUCACUUGAUUAGAUUAUGUGUUGGACUACACAGCCAACAGUGAAUGCAUUCAGUUUGUAUAAUGUUUGUUUCUAUAUGCUUUGGCUUGUUGAAUAUCGUAACUCAGCUUCCAUGCGGCAGUAAAUCAGUGGAGAAAGUUGACAAUGCAGUUUGAACUCGCUGUAGAGCAGAUUUAAGUGAGGAAGGGGGGUUGGAUCGAACACUAUACACCCCAGCGGUGUUUCCACUUGCAAAGCUAAGUGGUACCUCUCCGCCUAUCACAUGCAGAACCUUUGUUUACUAUGCUGUGGCCUUAGCAAUUUACCUAACUUUUAAUGUGUAAUGGGUAAUUUAGAGUAUUUUGUUUAUUGGCCAACGUAAUCUAGAGUGAAGUUAAAUGUUUUAUUGAACUGGAAUUGUUGUAUGUAGCACUUAACCCAAUUAAUAAAAUACAUGCCCUUCA